CUGAUCGUGCACUAACUCAUAAAUAUGCAGAAACAUAUACAUAUAUUUGGUUUAAUUUUAAACCUCAUAAUAUUUUCAGCAGCAAGUGCAAAGCCAAAUACCUCUGUUAUUUCAAUAUAUGUGUGUUAACAUGUUGUGCAGUGUAGUGAAGUAUGAUAGCAAUUUGAGUAAGCAUGUGCUUCAAAUUGUCCAUGUAUGAAAAUGGAGUAAAUUGCAUCAAAUGAUAAAGUGUGCGCCUCAACAUUUUGCGGUAAUCGGGGAAAUGCAUUGUAGAAAUGUACAGCAUGUUUUAACAUUUUAGUAAGCGAGCACUAAAUAUAUUUUGCCAUUGUAUCUAUGUGUAUACGCCACACAACAGUCUGUUAUAUGCUCUGUUAAUGUUAAAGACUGUUAGGAGUGCUGUGUCUUUAACAUGUAUUGCAUGUUAAAAUUAUAUGUUAAUGUGUGAAGCCGGCAAUGAUUUUAUAGCCGGCCAAGUAAAAAUUAAAAUUGUUUUGAUUUAAACAUAAAAAAGUAUACCGAAGCCUAACCUGCUUGUUAAUAAUCAAAAACAAAAAAAAAGAAAACCAACUACUCCCGGAACAUUUGCCAAAUGCCAAGAGUCAAGUGAGAGAUUCGCAUAAUUCGCAAUUAAUAUUGCUGGCUAUAAGUACUUACAUUCAUGCUAACAAUGUAUAGGCUUUUUUGGCUUCAUGAAUUGACGCGUGCUGCGACUGGCUUACAAUUACCAAAAGAAUCGGACAUUCAGAUAUAAUGCUAAUAAAAAGGCACUCAUAUAUAUACAACGAUAAAUACAUAAGAGUCAUAGUACUACUGAAAUAUAUACCAUAUAUAAUGAGAUGUUUGAAGCACAAAUCUUAUCGAAGACAAAUAGAUACAGCGAAGUGAGUUCCUCCACAAUAGCUUUGGCUUCGCUACCAAAAUCGCAAAUAUCGCCAUUUGCUAUCAAUAACAAAUCAUCUUCAGUAUCAUCUUCGAAUGCUUCCGGCGGUGAAAGUGGAAUUGUGAUUGUGGAUAAUAGUUCGGUGCCGUUGUCGGCAUUCACAGAUCCAGAAGUCGCAUCGGAAGACAAUACGAAUCAAUUAGAGAAACAAUCAGAUUCAACGUCAUUCAUUGCUAACAGAUGCUCACUUAAAAUGUCUAGUCAUGCCGCUGUAAAUGCUACUGCUCCAAAAAUGCUUAAUGAUAUUAAUAUGACAGAUUCAAUUCAUAAGAUCAAUCCAACUACCCAUACCCAAAUGAUUGAACAGCAUAAAGUGCAUUCAAUCCCGCUAUCCGAAGACCCGCGCACAUUGCAAUUGGCAUUGGAAUUGUCUCUGGUUGGCUUGAAUGAGAACAAUCAAAACGGCUACGUACAGCCAAUGCCCGCACAAAAUGACUAUGAAAUGGGCUCCAUUAAUGUUGUAUCUGCUGCUUUCGCUAGGAGUGAGGUGGCAAUGCAUAAUCUGCCGCUACCACCGACGACCGGAUCUGGACUCUUAAUGCCGUCCGCCGGGUUGGAGGACAGAUCAAAGAAGUCUCAAAAUAUGACCGAAUGUGUCCCAGUCCCCAGCUCAGAACACGUUGCUGAAAUCGUGGGACGCCAAGGAUGCAAAAUAAAAGCUUUGAGAGCGAAGACAAAUACCUACAUCAAGACUCCAGUUCGCGGAGAGGAGCCCGUAUUUGUUGUAACAGGACGAAAAGAGGAUGUGAACAAAGCCAAACGGGAAAUACUUUCAGCUGCUGAUCACUUCAGCUUAAUUCGGGCAUCCCGAAAGCCUUCAAUUGAAGGUUCGAAUAGUGGACUAUCCGGAAAUGGUAAUUCGGGUUCAUUAAGCGUUGGCAUAAUUGCUCGUGCCCAGUCUGGGCCACCAUGUCUACCCGGGCAGAUCACAAUACAGGUGCGUGUACCUUAUAGAGUUGUGGGUCUAGUAGUUGGUCCCAAAGGUGCCACCAUAAAGCAUAUACAACAAGAAACACAAACAUACAUUGUCACACCGUCUCGCGAGAAGGAGCCCAUUUUCGAGGUAACCGGACUGCCAGAGAAUGUUGAGACAGCACGCAAGCAAAUCGAGGCUCACAUAGCACUUCGAACGGGCAAUAGUACCCAGGGCAGUGAGAAUGGUACUGAAUCAUUAGAAUCGAACGAGUUUGCCACUCUGCACACGAUUAAUACGCUUACUCAGAUACUAGGCGACGAUUUAAACACUAAUAUAUUGUCAUCGAUCUAUAACAGCGAUAUUUCCCCCAAUGUUAAUUACGCAGAUAAUGCUCUUAAUGUUAUUGAAAAUAUCAACAUAUCCAAUUCGACAACAACAACAAACGCUAUGAUGAAUGCCGUAUCGGUUCAUAAUUUAACAAAAUGUUUCCCUAAUUCUGAUUUAGUAGAUAUCGCUCCAAUUGUAAGUACAACCGACAAGAAUUUUGCGCUGGCUUUAUCAGGCACUGUUAAUGAGAUUAACGGUCAACCCUUGAAAACAAAUACGUUCCGCAAUACCAAUUCGAAUACCAAUGUCAUUGCCAAUACCAAUGUCAAUGCCAAUGCCAAUGCCAAUGUCAAUGGCAGCAAUAAAACAUUAUCCUUCUGUCCACCCACGUCCGUAUCAUCAGGCUCUGCCUCUGCCCAGUGCCAUUCGAUCUCAGCCAACAUAUUGACGCGCUCAUGCUCAUCAGCCUCCUCAACAGCAUCAACCAAAAGCACGAACAAUAGCGCCAAUAGUACUAACAGCGUUAAUACUCCCCCAGAGCUGUUGAAUAUAUGGAAGAAUUUGAAUGAUUCCAUUGACGUUGAUGAGGGUAUUGGAGACUCUCCAAGCAUUUGGAAUCUGCCGUCAGCUACAACAGUCACGACGGCAUCCCAUUGCUCACCAACGGCUUCGGUUAGUCCAACGGACUCGCUUUUGGGUGAGCACUGCCUAAACAUAAGUCAAAAGGUAGGCAGCACCUUCAAGGAACCAUGUCCAAAUAGUAGCCUUCUAUUGCAACACCAACGCACCACGGUCCAGACUAGCUCGGACAAAUUGCAUUCAACGCAUCGCGAGUGUUUUGUGUGCAACGAGAGAGAAGUGACCACAGCUCUGGUGCCUUGUGGACACAAUAUGUUUUGUAUGGACUGCGCAAAUCAGAUCUGUGUCUCCAUGGAAUCAAUUUGUCCAAUAUGCCACUCCAUUGUGUACCAUGCCAUGCGUAUUUUAGCUUAAACCGAUCACAAAAAUUCUGAUAUUAUUUAUUAUUGUUUUAUAAAACACUUAUAAUCUCCAUUUAUAUUAUAUCAAUAUUUAUAUACAUGCACAUGCCUAUUGACGAACAUUCUAAUCUGGUAUUCCCAGCAAAAAUCCAAUUUUCUUUUAUCUCGUCUAUAUUACAUUCGGUAACCUUAACCUAAUUUGUGGAUAAGUGAAAUUAGAAAUGUAAUAAAUAAGCCAAAGAAAGCAAAUAACCCUUAA